UUUUUGGCCCUAUUAUUUGAAAUACUAAGCUAUAGUUUUUUCGUGAACUCAGUUAAUAGUAGCUAUUUUCAUAUAGAGAAAAUAUAUGGUGGAACGAAGGUGCCACGUGACGACGAAUUAGCCAAUGGGAGACCUCGCUGCGUUAACCAUAUAGAUAUGCAGAAUAUAGUUUUGUUACCAAAGAGCUUUAUAGUUUAUACAUCCAUUCCUUCGUUUCUUCUUUUCCCCUAACACUUUGAAUCUUGGAGAAGGUCAACAAACAACGUCGAGAAUAAUGGCUUCUCUUGGUGCUUCUUCUGCCAUCGCUGCCAUAUCUUCUCAAGGUUUCUUGGGUGGGAAGAAACUGAGGCUGAAGAAGAAGCUUAGUGUUCCAGCUGUUUCCAGGUCGGCUGCGUCCGUGCGCGCGGUAGCAGCAGAUCCCGAUAGACCAAUCUGGUUCCCUGGUAGCACUCCUCCAGAGUGGCUCGACGGUAGCCUCCCUGGUGAUUUCGGAUUUGAUCCUCUUGGUCUUUCAUCUGACCCGGAUAGUCUAAAAUGGAACGCACAAGCUGUAAGGAUAAGAAGAAUAUACGAUGAAGAUCUACCAUUUACUGCAUAAUAUUCUAGUUUCUCUCUUUAAGGAAUGUUGUUAAUAUCUUCCCUAGUCUUCUUGUGUAUAUAUUGGAACCCUUGUACAUUGUGAAAGAUAUAUGAAAUACAACUUCUACA